UACCGGAAGUGUUCGAGGUGAGAAUCUGUUACUAGAGCAAAGGGCGAACUCAUCGGACUGUCUCGAGUUUAUUUAAAUGUUACGUUUAUAAAUACAUUGUAGCUUUUCGCUUUGCUGUUUCCAGCGCAGAACAAACACACAGCCCAGCAUGUUGCAGAAUACAGGGAGACUGGCAGGAUGCACCCUCUUCAUUACCGGGGCGAGUCGAGGGAUAGGCAAGGCCAUUGCUCUCAAAGCUGCGAAGGACGGUGCCAAUGUGGUCAUCGCUGCGAAAACCGCAGAAGCUCACCCUAAACUGCCUGGAACCAUCUACACAGCCGCUGCUGAAAUCGAAGCAGCGGGAGGGAAAGCGCUGCCAUGCGUCGUAGAUGUUCGGGAUGAGAAUCAGAUAAAUGACGCUGUGCAACAAGCGGUUGAGAAAUUUGGAGGGAUUGACAUCUUGGUAAACAACGCCAGUGCCAUCAAUUUAACAGGAACUUUGGAAACUCCAAUGAAGAAAGUCGACCUGAUGCUGGGCAUUAAUCUCAGAGGAACAUACCUGACAUCUAAAUUAUGCAUCCCACAUCUAUUGAAGAGCAAGAACCCUCAUAUCCUUAACCUCAGUCCACCUCUCAACCUCAAUCCCAUGUGGUUCAAAAAUCACACAGCUUACACAAUUGCGAAAUAUGGCAUGUCCAUGUGUGUGCUUGGAAUGGCCCAGGAGUACAAAGGAUCUAUCGCCGUCAAUGCCUUAUGGCCCAGGACAGCUAUUCAAACGGCAGCCAUGGACAUGUUGGGUGGCUCCGGGGUGGGCAAACAGUGCAGGAAGGUGGAGAUCAUGGCUGAUGCUGCCUACGCCAUCUUCAGCAAACCCACCAGCUUUACAGGACAGUUUGUCAUUGAUGACGACAUUCUGAAAAAGGAGGGCAUUAAAGACUUUGAUGUAUAUGCUGUUGAACCAGGUCAUCCAUUGCUUCCUGACUUUUUCUUGGAUGAGAACCCAGAGGAGUUAGUCAAGCAAAUGGAGGAACAUGGUGCCACUCCAGUUUUCAAGAGCGGAAAAUCUAGUGCAGAUUCAGCCGCCGCUGGACCUAUUGCUGAUACAUUCAACGUUAUUAAAGGAAUUCUGAAUGCAGAUUUAGUCAAAACUACACAAGGAGUGUACAAAUUUGACUUAGCAGGUGAGCAUGCCGGAGUCUGGUACCUUGAUCUAAAGAACGAUGCAGGGUCUGCUGGCAGUGGGGAACCACCUGUCAAAGCUGAUGUUGUCAUGACCAUGGACAGUGCAGACUUCAUAAAGAUGUUCUCAGGGAAAUUAAAGCCGACCAUGGCCUUCAUGUCUGGAAAGCUGAAGAUUAAGGGCGACAUGGGUCUGGCCAUCAAAAUGGAGAAGAUGAUGGCUAUGAUGAAGUCUAAGCUGUGAUAUGGUCACCCAGUCUCUUGCCUUACAUCACAUACAUGAUCUUUCAGUGUGUCAGUUUGCUUUUUCUAUAUCACUGUUUUCACUGCACCAUUUGUUAAGCUGCUACUAAUUGUAAUAAAUGAUUUUCCUCUAAA